AUGACUGACCCUGGAGCUGUGGUCUUUGCGAAAGUCGUCUCUCGUUUCCUGGGUUGGGCAUACUUCCUCUCUUGGUCUGGCUCUUUCUAUCCUCAACCCGUAUCGAAUUACCAGCGCAAAUCAACGAUUGGCCUCGCCAUUGAUUUUCCCACUCUGAACGUCCUCGGCUUCAGCGCGUAUACGGUUUCGACCGCCUCCUUCCUCUACUCGCCCACGAUUCGCGCCCAGUAUGCGCAUAGGCACCCCGACGCGCCCGAGACUACUGUCAGGUUCAACGACUUCCUGUUUGCAGCGCAUGGCGCGAUCAUGUGUGUGAUCAUCUACAGCCAGUUCUUUCCCAGAAUAUGGGGGUUCAAAGUUGGGAGGACACAGACGGCGAGCAGGGUGGUGCUGGGCAUAUUCUGGGGAUGCGUGCUGGGGGUGGUUGUGGUGCUUUGCCAGGUACAAUUGAAAGAGAGAGAACAAGGGUACAAUGCCGAGUCAUGGGCUUGGAUCGACGUUAUCUACGCUCUUGGCUACGUCAAACUCACGACCGUGCUGGUCAAGUACAUCCCACAGGCAUGGGUCAACUACAAGCGCAAAUCUACGACUGGCUGGAGUAUCUACCCUAUGCUAUUAGACUUUGCGGGAGGUUGGUUGUCGCUUGCACAACUCGCCAUCGACUCCUGGCUCGAGAAUGACUGGAGCGGUGUGACAGGCAAUCCUGUCAAGUUCGGCCUCAGCAACAUUACCAUUAUCUUUGAUGUCGUCUUCAUAUUCCAGCAUUUUGUGCUGUAUCGACAUGCGGGGAAGCAAGUGGAGGAUCAGGAAGAGUGGGAUAGCGAGCGAGAACACCUUGUUUCUGAGCGUGUUGAAUAG